CUCAAAGCAGCAGAGGCAGCUCAGCCAGAGACUUGAAGUCAAUAAAGCAUCUAUUCAUCCUGAGAGCUGCACACAAACGAGCACACAAUGGCCGGUGAACAACGCUUUGUAAUCAGUGCCCGCAUUAUCGGAGCCGUCCACAGGGACACACCAAAACUCAAGAUGUUCAUGAUAUCAGUGUUAUGGUCUGACGAGGCUGAAGUUAUCGUCUACAGGUCCUUCAAGGAUUUUAAGAAAUUCCAUAGUCAGCUGAAAAAGAGAUUUCCUCACAUGAACCCUUUGAGGAAAAACGACAGAGUGAUCCCCAAAUUUAGAGGGGAAACCAGGAGGGGCAGCCUCCAGCAGAAUGGAUCCAAGCGAUCCAUCCAACGCAUGAAGUUCCUGGAGAGCUACUGUGACAAACUGUUGAAGUGCGACCAAACUGUGACUCAGAGCUCAGAGGUCACACAGUUCUUCAUGCCCAAAGACCAUGACCUGCAGCCAGACUUCACCAAGAACAGCAUCAUGAUCCUGCUGUCUGAUGAUCUGCCUGAUGGCUCAGGUGGAGGUGGGGGGGAUGUGACUCGCCAGCAUGCGGGCAGCAUCACUCACCCAUUUGUCACCCAAACUUACCGCUGCGUGGCUGCUUACGAGACAAAGGAUACCAAGAAUCGUCCGUUUAAGGUCGCUGUGGAUGAGAAGCUAGAUGUCCUGAUCAAAGACCCUGCAGGUUGGUGGCUGGUGGAGAACGAAGAUAAGGUUUUGGCUUGGUUUCCUGCUCCCUACCUGGAGUUGUGGGAAGGAGAGGACGAUGAUGAUGCUGAAUUCCAGCUUGCAGGUGUCCUGUACUGUGCCGUGAGAAGUUAUUCGACUAAGAAGGAAGACGAGGUGUCUGUGCCCAUUGGCUCGAUAGUGGAGGUGCUGAGGAAGUCUGACAACGGCUGGUGGCUCAUAAGAUUCCAUGGCAAGUUAGGUUACAUCCCCUCCAUGAACCUGCAACCAUACAACAACCCACAGGCAGGCCUUUACAGCCUGCAGAGAAAGAUGCACGGCUCCACUCUGAACCUGGCAGGUCAGUCCAGAGUAGAGCCCAGUGUGCCAGGGCGUCUCCACAAGGCCCGAUCUCUGGAUGUUCUUUCUGAGACCUGGUCGCAAACACAGAUGGAGAGGGACGCUUCAACUUCAGACGGCCGUGCACGCAGCAUGAGCAACACAAGCGACUCAAGCAACGCAAGCACCGAGACCAGCUUCUCCUCAAGCAGCGAAUCAUCCUCAAGUUUAAGAGAGGAAGAGCAGCGCGAGAGCCACACAGGCAGUCCUGCAGCCUCACCCCAGUCUAGUGGCAGCCCCGAUUUCAGCCUCUCCAACCGCCGCGGCUCCAACACUAGCACUGACAGCUCUGGAUCUGUCAGCUCUAAAGGCAGUGAGACGGCCUCAAGGGCUCCCAGGGUGCCACCCAGACCCAAAACCGAGGAGAUCCUGACUCGCUGCACCACCAUGACCCGCAAGGCAGCCCUGGCCACAAAGACCCGGCUUCAGAUUCAGCCAGAAUCCAUCCACAGCCACUAGGGAAUCACAAGCCUUUAAUUCAUGAAGUAUUCAUGUAACAUAUUUAAACUGUUCAAUCCCACAGGGUUAGUCAAAUGUGUUUUGUGCAUCAUUGUUCGUAUCUCUAUCUUAAAUUUUUGUCAUACCAAAGAUUGAAGAGAAAGCAACCUUGACAAGAUACAGUAAAUGUAUGCUGAAUGCAUGCUGAAUACCAUAAGAAUAACAAUGUAGCUUCAGUGAAGCGUCAGAAGGAGCAGGUACAAGAAAAUGUAAAUGAUAUUGUUAUACAGUAGUAAACAAAUAUUUUAUCUAGCUUUGAAGCCACUUAAGGGUAAAUUUAAGUGGACUGUUUGAGUUGAAGAGGUUAAGUAAUUACACUUAACUGUAUUUUAUGUAUUAUUUCUUUCCUGUCUUGUUGCUUACUGUAUGAAUAUGUAUAUUGUCGUAAUAUGUGCUGCAUUAUAACCUAUUCACAAUGCAGCUUCAUAAUGUAUAAGUUUCAUAUAAACAUGUCAAUAAAAUGUAAUUUACACUAAAGUA